CACUACAAAACAAGACCUAGAAAUUGUUAGUUAUUUCUUAUAAUUUCUUUGGGCAAGCCCUACUAGAGGUCCUUGAGUAACCAUGUGAGCACACCCCAAUGAACAGUCGCUGGCAGGCACUUAUCGUAGUGCUGGGUACCGCCGUCACCUGCUUUUUGGCAGGUGCAUACUUCCAGCAUGAUCAUGCAACCAGGCAGCUGCAAAAGCUGGUCCAACACGAUCCCUAUGCCUACUAUGUGAGCUCAAAGAUCUUUAAGGUGUUUCAGUUCUUUAAGAUACCACAAGAUAAAGCUUUAAGCGCUCAAAGAGUACGCUUGGAAGAUAUAAUGAAAUAUGGCUAUCCAGGGCUGGACGACAUACACCUGUACAGCGACUUUGUGCUCUCCUACGAUCGGCGCAAUCGUGUGGCACACUGGGUUUGCGAACAUUUGCGAGCCGACGCAUUAGGUUCGGCAGCCAUAACUGAUAGAGGCCGGGGUCGUGUUCGGAGUCGAUCUCGUAUUAGCUACCGACCCGAUUUGAGUGUGCCGUCGAACUUUCGCGCUGCCCUUGCUGACUAUCGAAACUCUGGCUUUGAUCGUGGCCAUCUGGCUGCGGCAGGCAAUCAUCGCACCCAUUGCGAUGAGACCUUCUACUUGACAAACAUAGCGCCGCAAAUAGGCAGAGGUUUUAAUAGAGCUGCCUGGAAUAAACUGGAGAUAUAUGUACGAAAUCUAACAUUACGUUAUGGCUCAGUAUACGUUUUUACAGGACCCAUUUAUAAGCCAAAGGCACGAUCUAAUGGCAAUUGGAGCAUUGAGUACGAAAUGAUCGGCUCGAAUAUGGUGGCUGUGCCGACACAUUUCUUUAAGGUGCUCAUAGUUGAGUCAAAGCUCCCACAGGGAAAACCCUAUAUGGAGGCAUAUGUACUGCCCAAUGCGCGCAUUCCGGACAACAUUAAUUUGCGAGAUUACCUAUGCGACAUACGCGAAAUCGAGCACUACGCGGGUCUGCAAUUUUUUAAUGGACUCCGAAGAAGCCGAAUUUUUGGUAGUAACUUUCCACGAUCCUCGCAAGUAUUUCAAAAUUUUGGAUAGAUUUUUAAAUUGAUGUCUUAAUAAAUAAACUAAAGUAUGCUUGUA